UGAGAAGGAGUCUGGGGCUAGUUGCUGCUGCCGCCGACCGGCUCUCACGGAGGAGGUGGAGGAGGCGGUGAGGGCGGCGGAGGGAGAGGGAGGUCCCGCUGCCCGCCCGGAUCCCUCGGCUCUUGCCUCCACCUCGCUUUCCUCUCCCCUCCAUCUUCCAACCGAAGCCACCACCGCAGCCGCCACUCAUGUGAGCGGACAAGAACAGAUGCCUCCGGGAUGUUCAGGAAUACUGCAUUGCCACUAAUUGUAAAAAUGGAGAUUUGAACCCCGGACUUCAAUUCCCAGGAGUCCUUGAUAGCUCCCAGAGUUCCCCAUAAUCCCAGAAUCAGCAAUGGGGUGCGUUAAAAGUAAGGAAGACAAAGAUCCAGCUAUGAAAUAUGGAACCGAAAGCAGUUCAGAGCCCAUUAGCAUAAAUGUCGGUCAUUUUGGUUCAGAACUUACCCUAGGGUGCCAGUCAUCUUCAAUAAAGGGAUCAACUGUUAAUUUUUCCAGUCAUUCCAUGGCACCAUUUGGAGGUUCAGCAGGGAUGACACCUUUUGGAGGUGCUACUUCUUCCUUUUCAUCUAUGCCAAGUCCACAUUCUACUGGUCUAACAGGUGGUGUUACUAUAUUCGUGGCCUUAUAUGAUUAUGAAGCUAGAACUACAGAAGAUCUUUCUUUUAAGAAGAGUGAAAGAUUUCAAAUAAUUAAUAAUACGGAAGGAGACUGGUGGGAAGCAAGAUCCAUAGCUACAGGAAAGACUGGAUAUAUCCCUAGCAAUUAUGUAGCUCCUGCUGACUCCAUUCAGGCAGAAGAGUGGUAUUUUGGCAAAAUGGGCAGAAAAGAUGCUGAGAGACUACUUCUCAAUCCUGGGAACCAACGAGGUAUCUUCUUAGUAAGAGAAAGUGAAACCACCAAAGGUGCUUUUUCCCUUUCUAUUCGUGAUUGGGAUGAGAUAAGGGGUGACAAUGUUAAACACUACAAAAUUCGGAAACUUGACAAUGGUGGAUACUAUAUCACAACCAGAGCACCAUUUGAUACUUUACAGAAACUAGUCAAACACUACACAGAACAUGCUGAUGGCUUGUGCCAUAAGUUAACAACUGUGUGUCCCACUGUGAAACCUCAGACUCAAGGUUUGGCAAAAGAUGCUUGGGAAAUUCCUCGAGAAUCUUUACGUCUAGAAGUUAAACUAGGACAAGGAUGUUUUGGUGAAGUAUGGAUGGGAACAUGGAAUGGGACGACAAAAGUAGCAAUCAAAACACUAAAGCCUGGUACAAUGAUGCCGGAAGCUUUUCUUCAGGAAGCUCAGAUCAUGAAGAAACUAAGACAUGAUAAACUUGUUCCAUUAUAUGCUGUUGUUUCUGAGGAACCAAUUUAUAUUGUCACUGAAUUUAUGUCAAAAGGAAGCUUAUUAGAUUUCCUUAAGGAAGGAGAUGGAAAGCAUUUGAAGCUCCCACAACUGGUUGAUAUGGCAGCUCAGAUUGCUGAUGGUAUGGCAUAUAUCGAAAGAAUGAACUACAUCCACCGAGAUCUUCGAGCGGCUAACAUCCUUGUAGGAGAUAAUCUUGUUUGUAAAAUAGCAGAUUUUGGAUUAGCCAGGCUAAUUGAAGAUAAUGAAUACACUGCAAGGCAAGGAGCCAAAUUUCCAAUCAAGUGGACAGCUCCUGAGGCUGCAUUAUAUGGUCGUUUCACAAUUAAAUCUGAUGUUUGGUCAUUUGGAAUUCUGCUAACAGAACUUGUAACAAAGGGUAGAGUGCCAUAUCCAGGGAUGGUAAAUCGUGAAGUCUUGGAACAGGUAGAACGGGGAUACAGAAUGCCUUGUCCUCAGGGCUGCCCAGAAUCUCUCCAUGAGCUGAUGAACCUUUGUUGGAAGAAGGACCCUGAUGAAAGACCAACAUUUGAAUAUAUUCAGUCCUUCUUAGAAGACUACUUUACUGCUACAGAACCACAGUACCAGCCAGGUGACAAUUUAUAAGUCACAACCCUACACUAUAUGCACAAAUUUGCCAAAAUGUAAAAGAACUUGUGUAGAGUUCCUCACUUACGUAAAGGAAUCUAAAGAAGAAAAUCUUCUCCACUCUGCAUGCGUUUCAUGGCAAACUGGAAUUCCAGAUACAGUUGCACAAAACCACUUUUUUUAAGUGUUAAACUCUAAAGAACCAAUGAUGCAAUUUUCCAAUUUAUUUCAGGGUCCAAAGGAAGUUUUAACUAAGAUACAAAUGACAGUAUGAGUGUUGGCAUGAUAAUGAAUAGCAACAAGGCUACUAUUUGUAAAUCCCUUCCUUUCUUUAUUCCCCCCAAACUCAGAAUUUUGACAUUAGGGGAAACUUGUUUAGCAUUAUGUAUAAACCUGGGAGAUAAACACAAAUGCAAAAUGACACUUUCAGUAUAAUUUUAAAUCAAGGAACUUUUUGGUAUUGGACCAAAUAUUUCCAUUCCAGUUCUGUAAAAUUUUUUCCAUUCAUAAUUUAAAUAAAAUUUUUCAUAUUUGAUAA